CUGAGACUAUCACCCCACCGACCGCACUGCACGCUGGUCAGGGUGGCCCAGGCGAUCCAGUCCGCUUGGUGUCCCGCGUUUUCCUGGCUGGCUGAGAGAGCCGAGCAUCUCCCCCUGCGCAUCUCCCUACGACUAGAGAACCGCAUUCCUGGCUCUACUGCCAGCUGACUGCAAAAGUGGCGCCUGCGUAGUAGUCUCCUGUUCUUGAGGCUUCAAGGCAGAACCCGCCCCCUUUGCCCGGGAGAUGCGUCGGCGCGUCAUCGGUUGCUAUGGAAACCACACAUAUGUACGUCUAGAGCCAGGCUUUCAGCUUGUGUAUUAGUUCUUUGAGGCGCUAAGGACUUUGGAAAUUUCUAAUGGCCAAGCUACUGCAACUUCCUCCCAAGUUCCUGCCCUCGGAGUGGCACAUUGCUAACAAGAACCAGUACCACAGGGCAGAAGCCCAAAGGUCCCGAUCCGAGCGCCUAGUGGCAGAAAGCCAGAGGCUUGUGGAAGAUAUUGACAAGAGUACAAGGAAAUCCCAAAGUGAUGUAAACAAGAAACUUGAACAGAGACUCGAGGAAGUUAGGUUCUGGAAGAAAGAGUUAGAUGACAAGCUCGAGCAACUUGUCCAUGAGACCGAGGACCUGCUGUCCUAUAAGAGCCGACUGGAAAAAGCCCUGGAGAGCUUUAAAGAGCCCUUGCACAUCACGGAGCGGUGCCUGGAAUACAGGGAGAAGCGUGUGGGGAUUGAUCUGGUACACGAUGAGGUAGAGGAGGAGCUGCUGAAGGAGGCUGAGAUCAUUCGGGGUGCCAUGGCUCUGCUGACCCGAACAAUAGAGGAGAUGUCGGAGCAAAUCAGGCUGAACCGCUUGGCCAAGUACAAUCUAGAAAAGGAUUUGAAGGACAAGUUCACGGCCCUCACCAUUGACGACAUCUGCUUUUCGCUCAACAACAACUCACCAAACAUCAGAUGUUCUGAGAACGCCGUGAGGAUUGAACCCAACUCCGUGAGUCUGGAAGACUGGCUGGACUUCUCCAACAUGAAUGUGGAAAGGGCUGACAAGCAGCGCAACAACUCCCUGACCCUGAAGGCCUUAGUGGACCGAAUCCUGUCACAGACUGCCAGUGACCUGAGAAAGCAGUGUGACGUUGUGGACACAGCUUUCAAGAAUGGGCUCAAGGAGACCAAGGAUGCCAGGGACAAGCUGGCUGUUCACUUGGCCAAGGUCAUGGAAGAGAUUGCUUCCCAGGAGAAAAAUAUCGCAGUUCUCGAAAAAGCCAUCCUCGACCAAGAAGGACCUGCCAAGGUGGCUCACACGCGCCUAGAGACCAGGACUCACCGGCCCAAUGUGGAGCUGUGUCGUGAUGUUGCCCAAUAUCGGCUCAUCAAGGAGGUUCAUGAGAUCAGUCACAAUGUGGCAAGAUUGAAGGAAACUUUGGCUCAAGCUCAAGUAGAGCUGAAAGGGCUGAAUCGCAGACAACUCGCCCUGCAAGAGGAGAUCCAGGUUAAAGAGAACACCAUCUACAUUGACGAAGUGCUCUGCAUGCAGAUGCGCAAGUCCAUCCCGCCGAGAGAUGGGGAGGACAACAGGGACUGGGCGGGAGGCUUCCGCCCCGAGGCCGUCUGCUGAGGGUAGGGAUGGGUCAGAUGUGUGUUAAUCCACUAAAUAAACCAGCAGCACGGAAUCUCAAUUUAGGGAGGCAGAGUGGGUUUUUCACAACCUCUCAGCGAGAUUCCAGGCCUGCUGGGUGCUGAGAUCCAAUCCUAUGUAUCAGCGCAGGCCCCCUUGUGCUGUCCCAGCUCCUGGGGUCAACGGAGAGAUCUUUUCCAGUGGCGUGGCUGGGCUGGAUCCUCCUAUUCAGACCUGCCAGCUU